AGGUCCCUGAAGAGGGAAGACACGAGGAAACAGGUAAAAAUUAUUUUGCUCUCUUUUGCAUUCAGCAUGCCGGCACGGAGCAGCUGCUGUGUGCCAGGCACAGUUCUUGGGGCUGGGAGCACAGUGGGGACCCCCCCCUUACCCAUGUAUCAACAGGAUGUAGACCCCCAUCUUUGAGCAUGCCCUCUGAUGGGCUUGUGGAGUCUUCUGAGAAUAGGAUGGGUCACCAGAUGCCCAGGAAGGAAGAAUGGACUCAGGGAGGCAGGCUCUGAGAUCCUGCAAGGCCCUCAGCAGGCCUAUGUCGAGCAGGCCACCAUGGGUCUGGGUGGCAUGGCCUUAUCCUGAGCCUUUGUGCCUAAUGCCUAUUGUCCCCAGCCUCCACACCCCACCCUGUCUCAGCAGCCUUCCGAUUCCAGGUCUAAGGUCCCACUUCUUAUGUCCCAGCGACUGCCUGGAGCUGCUGGGGGCGAGCACGUAGCUCUGCUCUGAGAAGUGCCCUCUCCCCCUCAUCCUGGUGUUCUCAAGGCAUUCCCCCAUGAAGGUGCGGCUGGCGGCUGGCGGCACAAGGGGCACAACGGUCCGGCUACUGGAGGCUGGUCUUUGCCUCAGAGAAUGGAAUCUAGCCCUUGCCACAGCUCUUGUGGAAACCCAAAGGGGACCCGCAGCGCAUCCCUCAAAACGCUGACCCUGCAGCCCUGCCGAGUUUCUCACGGGAAAUGUAAAAUCGGUUCCAUGGCUAAAGAAGCAUGGGCAACGUACUGCACCGUACUGUGCUCUGGCCCCCGUGUCGGCAGAUGUGUGAUGCACACACAGCUGAUUAUAAGGGACCAGAAAGACCCACGGUAAAGAAUUCUGUUUACCUUCUUCACCCAGCUUUUCUCAAGUGGACGUGGCCUUGAAGGUGUUUUUGCGUGUAGCUCUGUUAGCACCUGCAGAGCCGGUGUCACUUCUACCUGGAGAGUCUGUCCCAGUUCAGACCCCUCACCCCUAACCCAAGCCCGAGCCCCGGCCAGGCCAGCACAGACACUACGCCUGGGGACAGACCCCUCCUUCCUACUCAGCAAGCAGCCUAGCUUCCCCCACGCCUCCGGGUACCAGCCACCCAACAGCAUUUGGCAUGAGCCAUGCAGCCUGAGGAGAUAAACAGCCCCAGGGGGUGAGGGGUGUUUGAUGCGUGGGAAAUGUUGGCAGGGCAGGUGGGAGGGGUGCAGGUCUGCCCUGAGACCGGAGACACACUCUGUCACACAUCCUGCUAACUCCAGAGGGACCAGCACGGAGGGGCCCAGUCAUGCAAAUUGGGGCUUAAAUUUAACUCUAUGUAAAUGUAACUCUAUGUAAAAGUCUAAUAAGGUGGCACACAAACUCACUGAUCAGAGAGGGACAGAUGCGCAGGGCUGCAAACUGGGGGCCCUUGGACUGCCUUCAGCCCGCAGACUGGCCAGCACCGUGUUUGCUUGUUUGUUUGUUUGUUGAUGAAAGCAGGACAUUUCACAGGAAAAUCCAGCUUAUUUCUCUUAAAGCACUGGAAGAUCAGGCAGUGCUGAGCUCACAUUCCCACUUAGCAACAAUUGGUUGGGACUGGGACAGUCAUUGUCUUUACCCAAGGCAUGACCUUUGUUCCCACCUGGUUGAUUUAUGUUUUCUACCCAGCCCCCAGGAGUAUCUGAGUGGGACCCUUGGACCACAUUCUCCGAAGUCCUUCCAGACCCCUCUAAAUGCUCUCCUGGCAUCACACUUAAUUGUUAGUUUUAGAGUUAUUUUGCUCCUGGUCUUUAAAAAUCAAGUUUUGAUCAUGGCUCUCCCCCAUAUAAGAACCUUCACUAGUUGCCUCAAGGUGAGCUUCAAGUUACCCCAGGCCUGGAAUUCAAGGCACUCAGGAGUCUGGUGCCACUCAAAGCCUGAGAGCUGGGCAGGAAGUUUGUAAAAUUAUGGAUGGAUGGAUGGAUGGAUGGAUAGAAGGAUGAACGGAUGGAUGGAUGGAUGGAUAGAAGGAUGGAUGGAAGGAUGGAUGGAAGAAAGGAAGGAGGGCUAGAAAGAGAGACAGGCUAGUCUUACAGAGUUCUUAGGCUGAGAGAAUAGACAUGACAUACCCACAAAAGGCCCCAUGAACAUCCAGAAUUCACAGCCUGCAAGGCAAGCAGCCAUGGUUCUCCUGGGAUCAGGGAAGAGGGGUUGGAGUUUGGUGGGUGAGCAAGAAAAGCCAUCUGAAAGAAGCAAGUGACCAGAUGGCUCAAAGACAACUCUUCCCGGCCCAGGCUCCUGCCCAGACACAGCACCAUGCAUCUCCUCGGCCCCUCGUUCCUGCUCCUUGAAUACUUGGCCUUCUCUGACUCAUCUCAAUGGAAGUUUGAGCACCCCCACACCCUCUACACCUGGGAUGGGGCCUGUGUCUGGAUUCCCUGUGACUACAAAAUUCCAGGGAGUAGACAAAUGCUGGAAAACCUGACCCUGUACCACAACUAUCACUAUGACGAGACCCGCAAGGACUUCAGUGGGACCAUCCUGUACGAUACCGCGAAGGCUGGGAAGACUCUGCCUCACCGGGAAAGGGUUCAAUUCCUGGGAGACAAAAAGUCCAACUGCACCAUACACAUCCACCCUGUGUCCGUCAAUGACAGUGGCUGGCUUGGGCUGAGAGUGACAACGAAGAAUGACAAAUGGAUGGAGAAAAUAGACCUCAACGUCUCUGAGACGCCUCUCUCACCUCACAUCCAGCUCCCUCCAGAAAUCCAGGAGUCCCAGGAAGUCACUCUGACCUGCUCGCUGAAUUUCUCCUGUCCUGGGUACCAGAUCCAGCUGAAGUGGUCCCUGGAGGAGCCUGCUGUCACCUCCACCCUCCUGACCACCAAGACCGUGUCCACACAGAGCAAGCUCACCUUCCAGCCGCAGUGGACUCACCACGGCAAGAAUCUUUCCUGCCAGCUCUGGGACCCCCGAGCAGAGCGGAUACUCUCCGAGGAAAGCGUGGGGCUGGAUGUGAAGCAUGCCCCAAAGUUGAAGAUUGAGGCCACCCCCAGAGAAGCCAUCGUAACAGAGGGAGAGUCUGUGACCAUGACGUGCCAGGUCCUCAGCAGCAACCCCAGCUACCAGAAUAUAGCCUGGCUCAAGGAUGGGACCCUGCUGAGGGAGCAGGAAACACUCACGCUGACUCUGUCCACUGUGACCAAGGAGAUGAGUGGGAAGUACCAGUGUGAGGCCUCCAAUGAAAUAGGCUCAGGACAGUCGGAAGAAGUGGACCUUCAAGUAUAUUAUGCUCCGGAAUCUUCCAGGGUUGAGAUCCUCCCCUCACCAGCUAAGGAGGGAAAUAAAGUACAGAUGACUUGUGUGUCACCGGCCAAUCCUCCUCCAACAAAUUACACCUGGUAUCACGAUAAGAAAAAAGUACCCGGAAGGACAAGCAAGACCUUCCAGAUCCCAGCGGUCCUCCUCGGGCACGCUGGGUAUUAUUCCUGCUUGGCCGAAAACAGCCUUGGUACUGGACAAGUUGGCGGGGAAGCUGAGUUAGAUGUCCAGUAUCCUCCCAAGGAGGUAACCACAGUGAUUCAAAACCCCGCACCGAUUCGAGAAGGAGACAAUGUGACCCUGUCCUGUAACUACAAUUCCAGUAAUCCCGAAGUUACCCGAUACGAAUGGAACUUCCAAGGCUCCUGGAAAAAACCAUUACGCGAGGUGCUGAUAAUUGAGAAAGUUUCCUGGGACGCCAGACCAAUCUCCUGUGCAGCCUGCAACCAGUGGUGUUCGUGGGCUCCCUCUGUCAGCCUGGAUGUCCUGUAUGCCCCAAGAGAUGUCAGGGUCCAGCAGAUCAGCCCCCCUUCUGACAUUCAUUCCGGGCACCGAGUCCUCCUUGGAUGUAACUUCUCAAGUAGCCGCCCCAGAGACGUCCGCUUCUUCUGGAAGAAAAAUGGAAUCUUUCUGAAGGAGGGAAGAGAACUGACCUUUGACGCCAUCUCUCCAGAAGAUGCUGGCAAUUACAACUGCUUGGUCAACAACUCCGUAGGACAGACCAUGUCUGAGGCCAGGAUCCUCCAAGUGCUGUAUGCACCGAGGAGGCUGCGUGUGUCCAUCGGCCCAAAGGACCAAGUGAUGGAGGGGAAGAAGGCAGUCCUGACAUGUGAGGGUGACGCCAACCCUCCCAUCUUCCAGUAUAGCUGGUUUGACUGGAAAAACCAAAACCUCCAGCAUUACGAUCAGAUGCUGAGAUUGGAUCCCGUGAAGGUCCAGCACUCAGGAGCCUAUCGGUGCCAGGCCAUCAACCGGCUGGGCAUGGGCCAGUCGACCCCCAGCACCCUCACUGUCUACUACAGCCCAGAGACCAUCGGCAGGCGAGUGGCCGUGGGAGUGGGGUUCUGCCUGGCCGCCCUCCUCCUGGCCUUCUGGGGAGUCAAGCUUCAGAAAAGCUGGAAGAAGAUACGGAGCCAGCAGGGGCUCCAGGAAAAUUCCAGUGGGCAGAGCUUCUUUGUGAGGAAUAAAAAGGUUCGAAGGGCCCCGCUCUCCGAAGACCCUCACUCCCUGGGGUGCUACAAUCCGGUGAUGGAAGAUGCCAUCAGUUACGCGACUUUGCGCUUUCCUGUCAGUGACGCUGACGCACCAAUAACUGGAGACGCAGGGACCCCAGAGACAGAGGGACCUUCCCCAAACAGGGACGACACGGUCACUUACUCCGUGGUGCAGAAGCAUCGAGUGGGAGACUAUGAGAACGUGGUUCCAGAGAGUCCGGAAGACGAGGGGAUACAUUACUCCGAGCUGGUUCAUCUUGGGAUUGGGGAGCGGCCUCUGGCCCAGGAAAUGGUGGAAUACGUGACCCUCAAGCACUGAGGAGCCAAACCCGCCGAAGCAGAGGCGAGGCGCCAGGGGACCGCAGGGGCCAGGCCCCGCCCCUGCUGCUCAGCAGGCCCCAGCCUCCCCUCCACACACACUCGCAGGCACACUCGCACGGUUACUGAAACCCCAGCCAGUGCACAGAACCUCGUGCGUCGCCCAGAGACAGCCUUCCUUCUCAACGCUGGGGGCCCUGGCCCUCCCAAAGGCCUGCUCCUGGCCCGCUCUCCUUUCCACCCAGAAAGUCAUCUAAACACCUAGCCUGCACCGUACAGCGCCCCCCCCACACCCCUCCCCCGCCAUCUGCCACCACCCAUCCCCAGCUGGCCGUGUCCCUGCUGGGAUCGGCUUGUUACUAUACUUUUUUCUUCCCCUCUCCAUCCCUUUGGCCCCCUUACCUCUGCUCUGAAAGUCCCCUCACUAAUUCUAUGCCUAAUGUCUGCCUCUGAGGCAAAGCCCAGGGAAGGAGGGACAGAAAUGAGGGAGAAAGACUUGCUGGCCCGCUGGUUGCUCCUCCACGUGUCAGCCAGGCAUUCCAUGUGGAGAGGAUUACGCUGCUGAGCCCCACGCCUCAGGGGUCUUGUGGUCUGAGACACACGCUGGUGUGGACAGACGUGUCACAAACACAGAGCUGCACAAUAAAAACAGCUCGGAUACCACAUCAAAGAA